GGGACUUUCCUAAGCUGCACUAAACUUUCUGCCCCUUACCCGGCCCAGCCCAGCCCAGCUCCGGAUCUCGACCUCCACCGGAUCUUACCCGCCACACCCGGACGGGCGGCUGGAGGAGAUCAGACCCUCCCCCAAAUCUAGACACCCCCCCCCCACUCUCCUGCCCACCCCUGUCCUAAUCUGCUCCCCUUCCCCAAUCAUUCCUCCCCCACCUCAGGCGGGCUUCUAAAAACUGGGAAGCCGAACCAGGGGGCCGAAACCAGCAGCGAGCCGGGCCUAGCCCACAGACAUGGACAGUUGCUACGACCCAGGUCUGGAUGGCCUCACCGAAUACGAUGAUUUUGAAUUCAGCUCCUCUAUUGUGGAACCCCGGGAGCCAGCUCCAGAGACAGCUGAUGGCCCCUACCUGGUGAUUGUGGAACAGCCUAAGCAGCGAGGCUUCCGAUUUCGGUAUGGCUGCGAAGGCCCCUCCCAUGGAGGCCUACCAGGAGCCUCCAGCGAGAAGGGCCGAAAGACCUACCCUACUGUCAAGAUCUGUAACUACGAGGGACCAGCCAAGAUCGAGGUGGACUUGGUAACACACAGUGACCCGCCUCGUGCUCACGCCCACAGUCUGGUGGGCAAGCAGUGUUCGGAGCUGGGGGUCUGUGCUGUGUCCGUGGGGCCCAAGGACAUGACUGCCCAGUUUAAUAACCUGGGUGUCCUGCAUGUUACCAAGAAGAACAUGAUGGAGAUUAUGAUACAAAAACUUCAAAGGCAGCGACUCCGUUCCAGACCCCACGGCCUUACGGAGGCUGAGCGGCGGGAGCUGGAGCAGGAGGCCAAGGAGCUGAAGAAAGUCAUGGAUCUGAGUAUUGUGCGGCUGCGCUUCUCUGCUUUCCUCCGAGCUAGCGAUGGCUCCUUCUCUUUGCCCCUGAAGCCAGUCAUCUCCCAGCCCAUCCACGACAGUAAGUCUCCAGGAGCCUCAAACCUGAAGAUUUCCCGAAUGGACAAGACAGCAGGCUCUGUUCGGGGUGGAGACGAAGUUUAUCUGCUUUGUGACAAGGUGCAGAAAGAUGACAUUGAGGUUCGGUUUUAUGAGGAUGAUGAGAAUGGAUGGCAGGCUUUUGGAGACUUCUCUCCCACAGAUGUUCAUAAACAGUAUGCCAUUGUGUUCCGGACACCCCCCUAUCACAAGAUGAAGAUUGAGCGGCCUGUCACCGUGUUCUUGCAACUGAAACGCAAACGUGGGGGCGAUGUAUCUGACUCCAAACAGUUCACCUAUUACCCCCUGGUGGAAGAUAAGGAGGAGGUGCAGCGGAAACGGAGGAAGGCCUUGCCCACCUUCUCUCAGCACUUCGGGGGUGGCUCCCACAUGGGUGGAGGCUCUGGGGGAUCUGCUGGGGGUUAUGGAGGAGGUGGUGGCCUCGGCUUUUUCCACUCUUCCUUGGCCUACAACCCCUACCAGUCCAGCGCCGCCCCAAUGGGCUGCUACCCAGGCGGAGGGGGCGGGGCGCAGAUGGCCGCCUCGGCGGCUCCGGGUGUGGAUGCCGGGGAGGAAGCCGCAGAGCCGAGCCCCAUUCCCGGGACCCUCCGGGGUGAGCCGCAGGCCCCGGAUGCGCUGCAGCGAGCCCGCGAGUACAACGCGCGCCUGCUCGGCCUGACGCAGCGCAGCGCGCGGGCCUUGCUGGACUACGGCGUGACGGCGGACGCGCGCGCGCUGCUGGCGGGACAGCGCCACCUGCUGACGGCGCAGGACGAGAACGGAGACACGCCUCUGCACCUGGCCAUCAUCCACGGACAGACCAGUGUCAUUGAGCAAAUGGCUCAUGUCAUCUACCAUGCUCAGCACCUUGGUGUCGUCAACCUCACCAACCACCUGCACCAGACGCCCCUGCACCUGGCUGUGAUCACUGGGCAGACAAGGGUGGUGGGCUUCCUGCUGCAGCUGGGUGCAGACCCGACGCUGCUAACUCGGCACGGCGACUCGGCUGUGCAUCUGGCUCUGAGGGCAGGGGCCGAGGCCCCAGACCUACUGCGUGCGCUGCUGCACAGCGGAGCUCCAGCCAUGCCUCGCAUGUUACAGAUGCCCAAUUUUGAGGGACUAUACCCAGUGCAUCUGGCAGUUCGUGCCCGAAGCCCUGAGUGCCUGGAUAUGCUGGUGGACAGUGGAGCUGAAGUGGAGGCUGCAGAGCGGCAGGGGGGUCGAACAGCCUUGCAUCUAGCCACAGAGAUGGAGGAGCUGGGCUUGGUCACCCACCUGGUCACGAAGCUUCAUGCCAAUGUGAAUGCCCGCACCUUUGCCGGAAACACACCUCUACACCUGGCAGCUGGACUGGGAUCCCCAACCCUCACCCGCCUCCUUCUAAAGGCUGGUGCUGACAUACAUGCAGAAAAUGAGGAGCCCCUAUGCCCUCUGCCCUCACCCCCCACAUCUGGGAGCGACUCGGAUUCUGAGGGGCCGGAGAGGGAUAUCCGAAGUAAUUUCCGGGGCCACACACCUCUUGACCUCACUCGUAGCACUAAGGUGAAGGCCUUGCUACUAAAUGCUGCUCAGAGCACUGUGGAGCCACCUCUGACCCCACCCAGCCCUGCAGGGCCAGGGCUGUCACUUGGGGAUGCAGCCCUGCAGAAUUUGGAGCAGCUGCUAGAUGGGCCACAAGCCCAGGGCAGCUGGGCAGAGCUGGCAGAGCGGCUGGGGCUGCGCAGUCUGGUGGACACGUACCGGAAGACAGCCUCACCCAGUGGCAGCCUCCUACGCAGCUACAAGCUGGCUGGUGGGGACUUGGCAGGUCUGCUGGAGGCCUUGUCUGACAUGGGUCUAGAUGAGGGUGUGAGACUGCUGAGAGGUCCUGAGACCCGAGACAAGCUGCCCAGCACAGCAGAGGUGAAAGAAGACAGUGCAUAUGGGAGCCAGUCAGUGGAACAGGAGACAGAGAAGCUGUGCCCACCUCCUGAGCCACCCGGAGGGCUCUGCCAUGGGCACCCCCAGCCACAGGUGCACUGAACUGUUGCCCAGAUGCCUGCUUUUGCCUGGACUUCUGUACAGCAUCCCCACCUAGUCCAAAUCUUAUUUAACACCUCAAGCCCACAUUUAGUGGGACAAAUAAAGGAUUCCCAUGGGAAA